GACUUUUUGGCGGGAACGCGAGGAGUGAAGUUGUGUGAUUUGUUUUAUUUUGUCUAUUUAGUGUUUCUUCGGGUUUAAAUGUGUAAUAAUGGUGGUUUAUUAACCGUUUAAUAUCUGUGAAAGUGCACAAAUGUGGGAAAAUGAAACAAAGCCGCUGGACGUAACUUCUCGGGAUCCUCCAAAAAGUCCACUGAAAAAAUCUUAGUAAAUGACCACCAAUUUACUGAGAUUAGAUUUCAUCUCAUAUCAUCUCAUUUAAUUUCAUCCCAGUUGAUUAAUGUCUCAAAUUAAUCAUUUUCAUUUCAUUUCACUCCAUAAUAUCAUUUUUCAUAAAAUUAAGAAUAUACAUUAAAAUAAGACAUGACUUAAAGGUCUCAGUUACCAGGUCAUAAAAUCUCUUAAAAAAAAAUAAUUGGAAAGAAUACGAAAUCAAUGUAAAACAAAGUCAACUAUCUACCUACAUAGGUACCUACAAACAAUAUGUAGAAAAACAAGCAAAAAAUAAAUAAUAAAAAAAGAAAAAACUAUGAAGUAGAUACUUUAUUUGUGCAAGUAAAAUGCUAAUGAAAAACCUGUUAACAAAAUGUUGUGGAUGUUAAUAUGUGGUGUUCCACUAGUUUACGUUUUGAUUUGGUAUUUUCCAAUAUUAUGGAGCCUAAUUUAUUUGUUAUUGUUAGCUAUCUUUAUAAUAUUAAGUGUAUUCACUCUUAGUUUAUGGGGGCAUAUUGCAUUGUCAUCACCUUAUCAUAUACCACCGUUUUUGAUAGAAAGAAUUGAAAAGGAAGUUCGACAAUUUGAAGAAGCACUGAAGGAAGAUCAGGCAAAUUGGCCUCAAUCCAUGAAAAAAUCUCAUCUGCCAGUCAUAUUCGGAAGAACUGUAGACAGUCAAUUGCAGCUUCUCAUUGAUUACAUAUUGAGAGAUUUUGUAACUCGAUGGCUGAAAGAAUUGGCACAUAAACCUGAACCAGUCAUAGACAAAUUCAAGGAGCAUAUUUGGGGAGGUAUACAAAAUUUAUAUGAAAGGCUAUCAAGGGUUGAUGCUGAAAAAUUACUGGCUAAUGAUAUGGUGGUGAAGAUAACUCAACAUUUUGAAAGGAUAAGAAUUGCAAGAAGUUGUGCACUAGAAUUGAAUCAAGCACCUGUUUUUGCUCUAGCACCCCAUCUGACAUCUUUCGAAACAGAACAGCAUUAUUUGAGGCAGAUCAGUGAACUUAUUAUCAUGUUUUUGUUGCCGAGAUGCUAUUCUUUGGCACCAGGAUGCCAUCUCAUGAGGGAAAUACUUGCCUGCAAGAUUUUACAACCAGCUAUAGAUCUUGUAACAGAACCAGAUUAUAUAAAUCAGAAAAUUAUUCAAUAUUUGGAAGCACAAAAAGAAGUAAACGCCAUGCAUAUAAGGACUCAUGAAUAUGCAAAAACGUUUGAGGACUACAUACGUCUCAUUAAUAGUUGCAACAAUGUUGACACGCUGAAACGGUUACGGUAUGAUAUAGUAACACAAAUAAUGCAAGCAACAACGCUCCAAAACGUGAAACGAGCAAAAGGAAUUGACCUAGAUGCAAUAGAAAAAAGUAAUACACAACACAACAUAAGUCGGCAACAAAUAACCGAUGCUAAGAAACUUCAGAGGUAUAUAAAUCAACUUACAAUAGCGAAAGCGGAGUGUGAAACUGCACUUAGGAAAAUGGGCUGGGAUGGUGCGUUUCCUACAUUUGAGACAGAUAGCAAGACGCUACCUUUGCACAAAGUCAUGGACAGCGUGACGGGGCGCCGGUAUUUGUCGAUGUUCUUAGAAAAAAUGUGUUCUCAAGGCCUAGUUGGCUUUUGGACGUCAGUGGAAGACCUGCGGCAUAGCCCCAGGAGCAGCUGGCAUCAGCUCGGUGCCGAGAUAUUUUAUACUUACAUAAGAUCGCCUAGUGCGGAAAUUAAAGUCGAUAAGGACACUAGAAAGCGAAUGGAAUCCUUUCUGCUGGGCGACAAGGGACCAGAUGUAUUUUAUGAAGUACAAGAGACCGUUCUUGAUACAAUACAAGACAAAUAUUAUCAUUCGUUCUUAAUGAGUGAGGAAUAUAAAGCUUUAAUUGCUGAACUUGCAACAGAAGAAAAUAGCAAAGAUACGAACGUGGAUAGAUCGCCAAUAGAAGAGCGGCAAUUGUCGAAUGAGUCUGUUUCUUCGGCGGAGAGCGUCGCGGGAGCGUUGCACCUAACGGAGCACUCGACGUACGCACGAAGAAAACUGGAUCAGCUACAAGAACGACACAACAAUAAGAUACAGGCUCUAGCUGCUCUGCGAGCGUCGCUGAAGCCGGAGUCCCCUGCCUUGUCCAUGCUGGCCAACGAGGUGGAGAAGUUGGCCGGUGAACAGAUGAGGCUCGAGGCACACCUGGCCAGGACGGACACGUGGGCCGAGCACUUGGGGCGCUGGCGGGCCUCCGUCCACAGUGCUGACGUAAUUGACGAGUCUAAACCACCGCAGUUUGUGAUAGUCGUGCACAUGGCGGAAAAGGAAGAUUCGAACAGCGGGGACCGACCCGAGCAGAUCACCACCGGCUGGGUCCUGUUGAGGACGCUCAAUGAAUUCCAGGACUUACAUCGAAAGUUAAGGCCUUUGUGUUCAGAAUUGAAAAAUUUAGAGCUACCCUCAAACUCUUUUAAAUUUUUAUUCGGAAAAAACGAUAAGAAUUCUUUAGACAAAGCAAAAACAUUAAUACAAAAGUAUUUAGAGUUCGUAUUAGAAGACGACAGACUAAACCAAAGUGAAGCUUUAUAUACAUUCCUAAACCCUAGCUCGGAGUAUUUAAAACAAGAGGACAUGCCAAAGAAAAAUAAAUUCUCAUUAUCUACAUUAUUCAAAAGCGCAAGCAGCGAAGCAACGAAUAGAUCGUCGCAGGAGAAGGAGGCCUUUAACCACAUGUCGGCGGACGAAGACGAAAUAUCGAUGUACCUGGAUGGCAACGGAGCCGAGGCGGGAAACAAAACGAUGACUAAUUCCUUGCGAGGGGCCAGCGCGAUAGCCGAAGAACGGGACAGCACCGCGGAGCCGCUGUACGCGCUGCUCAGCGAGGUGUUCGACAUGCGUGGCGUGUUCCGCUGGCUCCGGAAGACGCUCGUCACCUUCGUGCAGAUCACGUACGGACGCACCAUCAAUAGACAAAUAAAAGAUACAAUAUCUUGGCUGUUUUCGGAGCAGAUGUUACAUUAUUACAUAAGCGUAGUUAUCAAGUCUUGGUGGCCGGGCGGAGUCCUCUCGGAGCACGGCUCGAACAGGAAUUUUCAAGAUAAAGAGCACACGAGGACCCUCGCGCUGCAGCAGCUGAGCGAGAGCGUGAUGGACGCGCUGUCGUCGCUGGUGGGCGCGCAGACGGCGGCCCGCGGCGCGCACAAGCUGUUCCACACGCUGCAGCACACCACGCACAACAAACAACUCUUCUACGAAUUGUUCGAACUGGUAUUGAUAGAAGUAUUUCCUGAGCUCAAGCGUUACUAUAACUAAUACCAUACUAUUUAUAGGUAAGAAACCAUGACAAUAGAUUUAUGAAACACGUAUGUACCUAAAAGUCUGUUAUAAAAGUGGCAAAUGUGUCUAAUAAAAAAAUGGAGCAUAUUCUUAACUGUGAUGGACAUUUGGAAAAAAGUGUAUGUUUUAAUUUGAUUCCCCGUGUUGUCAUACUAGUGCUAUAAUGUGGUAUACGUAACGUUAUUUUUAAUUAAUGCAUGGCUAUUAUUAUUUUGAUAUUAGAAAUCACUUGCACUGUGACUGUUUUAGAAAAAGAAAAAUCCUUGUGACCGAUAUAUCAAAACUAUAGAUAUUCUAAUUUACUUUUCACGUUGCGUAGAUACUUUAGUAUGAUAAUUAAAUAAUAUUAAUGAAGUUUUAUUGAAAAUCGUAUUUUUAACAAUUUCGUUCCUAGUGAUUACUACUUAUUAUAAAAAAUUGUAUGAGAACUGGAUUUUAAUAUUAACUUAUAUUCCCUUUAACAUGUACGGUGACUAUAAUUUUUUAAUAUUUUCGUAUGGUACGUUUUUUUUAUUCGUCUUCCAUACGUUCUAAGGUAAAUUAGCUUGUUUGUAGCAAUGUUAGUAGUUAAACUUUCACGUCACAAACUUACACCACAAAAUAUCUCUUUUAAAACUAAGACUAGAACUCUUGUCUCAGGACGAUCGAUAGAUGCCUGUGGGCUCCGGUAACCACUAAACAACAAGUGGACCGUGAACUCGUUCAUCUAACAUCUAACUAAGCAAUAAAAUAUAUAUAUAUAUCGACGCUUUAUUACUUGGUGUUUACAUAAUAUAUAAAUUACGAUGAACAUUUGUCACUUUUGUAUUAAUCGAAUUUGUGUAAGUUUGACUUGCAGUGAUAUAACAACUGAAUCUCUAGAAGAGAGGCAUUCCAUUUUAAUAUAUUUAUACACUUCCCUCGAGAACGUCUUUAGAAUAUUUACACGAAUCAUAAGCUUUAAACGUAUUUAUCACGCGCAUAAAGAAAAUGUCUCGAUUAUAUAAAGCUAACGUGAUGGUAUAUUUAAUAUAAAAAAUAAUUAUUUAAAUGCAUCUUCGCAAGUUGUUGAUCUCGUUUUUGUAGUGUAUUAAAUGUAAAGCUAUCGGCUCGUAGAAUUAAGGGACUUAUAUUAUUAUCGUACUUAGCUUGCGUGCCAAAGACGGUUUGUAAGAAAGAUAUGUGUGUAAACGGGUUAAAUUCGCGAUUGAAUUUACAUUACUUUACUGCCAGGGCAAAAUUAAACCAGAAAUGGCAUUAGCAGCCAACUUCGUACUAUCAAAAUUUGCGUAUUAGCGGCUAACUUCGUAACAUUCGUUAAUUCAUACUGUACGUCUGCGUCUAGUGUACGCCAAUCCUGUUAUUAAUAAAAGCGGUAAUACUAUAGACCAGUGAUUCUCAACCACUGUCCCGCGGCACUUUUGUGUGCCGCCAAAUUUCAAAAGUGUGCCGCCAAAUUUUGCGAUUAUAUAAUAAUGUUAAUAUUAUUAAAUUAUAUCAUUUUAAAAGAAAAAUAUUUUAAACAUGAAAAUAUAUUAAAAUCCACAAAAAAAAUUUAUAGUAUAUUUUAGUUUAUUUCGUACAUUAAAAUUUUUUGAUAAACUAUUUAUGCACUGUGUUCUAGUAAGUAAAUAAUUUUUAUCUUCUUUUUUUGUGUGCCGCCAAAUUUUGAAAUCGUUAAAUAUGUGCCGCAACAAAAAAAAAGGUUGAGAAUCACUGCUAUAGACUAUAGUGAUAAUGCUAGUACUAUAGUCCUAGUAUUAUGUACUAUAGUAGUAAUCUAUGUUUACAAAAAAAUACUGAAGGCAGUAAAAAAAUUGCUAGGAAUAACAACAACGUUUUAAUUUUUAAAAAUAGAAUAAACGUAGUAUAUUAAAGUAUGAAGAGGGAUAAUUAAUUUCGCUGCUCGUGUAGGUGUUCGUUAUUAUAGCCAUUUCAUUACCCUACCGAAUAUUUUUAAAUUAUUCUAGUAAUCUCACAGAAGUGAUAAAGCUUAAUUUAAUUCUAAAAUUUAAUCAACCAUUAAUUUGUAUUGAUAGACUUUAUUGCACGAAUCUUAUUAAUAAUUCAUUUCUUCUUGGUGAUUAAAUGAAAAUCAAACGCACGUUACACUAAACAAAAAUAUUUAGUUAUUAGUAUCCUGACUCAUAAAAAAAUUUGAAUUUUUUAUAAAAAUUGUUUUUACUGAGUAUACACACGUACGUACGAUACGUGUAUAAUAUAUUAUUUUUAUAUAUUAUUAAUAUAUAACGAUACUACAUUGAAAAUAUAUUCUAGUGAAAUUGUGUAUAAAAUUCUAAUAGGCGAUAAGUUAAUUCUUAAAAUUGUUUAAUUUAUUUUUAUUGUUGCUAAGAUCUAUUAAGGUAUAUGUGCCGUACGGCCCGAUUCUGAGAACACCUUAUUGAUUUGCAAUAAAGGAGAAAUUUGCCUACAGUUUUACAGCGUGUUGGGUAGCCUUCACAAAAACAAUUGACACAUCGCCCUCAUUUGAAAGGGACAAAGUCACGUUUACGAAUAAAAAAAACCAUUAAAAUUACUUAGUAUUAAAAGUAAAAUUCUCUAAGACCCAAACUAUUAUUUUUUACCUUAACAGAUUAUUAAAUUCAUUAAUUUGUUUUCUUACUAUAUAUUUUAUUGAAUUACCUUCAUUUUCGCAUUGUAGAUUUUAAUAAGUAUGGAUCGUAAGACGCGGCUGUUUAGUAAGAAGUCAAACACGAGGUCAGCUCUUGGCUUCGAUACGAAUUUCAAACAUUUUUCUACUGUUUUUUUACGGACCGUUUUCAUGGGUCACGGAUCAAAAUAUCUUACCUCAAAUAUUAGAGACGUCUGUAAUGUUUAUAUGAGAUAGUUUUAUAGAUGUUAGGCGUUGAUGUAUAGGCUGUAUGCUUGUUGAUAUUAGACGAUAUCUUUGUUGGAAAAGCUGCGGUGCGGUUUUCCUUAGUUGGAAUAAAAUCCUUUUUCGAUAAAUCUACAUUAUUAAAAGCCUCUGCAUAAUGUGUACAAAAGCACAUCCGCCUAAUUCUAUCUAAUGUAUAUACAAUGUUCAAUUAAAACCACUUUUGGGGCUUAAUCCCGCCUAUUUUGCUGUCAUUACUUUAUUUCCGACCACGUGGUCGACUUUGACCACGGUAACCGUAACACAUUCGAAAAAUCUGAAAUAACAUGAUGACAAUUAAAGAAACUCGAAAUCUAAACUGUAAAUCAGUCUUAAUUCGUUUUCUCGCAUUAAAACUGUAUAAUCUCAAAACUUACUAAUUUUUACAGGAGUGUUUUAAAGGUUUAACAUAUGGUAUUUUUAAUAUUGAUCAUCUUUGCAACAUUUAUUUUUUAGUUUUUUACCAGUUACAUUAUCUGUCUUUUAAAGUAAGAUAAAAUUAUGUAUUAAUUUUGUUAAUAGUAAUCGAAAUAUAGGUAAACUAAAAAAAAAAAGAUAAACUAAAACUAAACUACGCUCUUUUGACAGUAUUUAUGAGAAAAAUACUGGUGAUACCAAAUGAUUCCGCAUAUUAACUGAAUUUCGAAUUUUUUUGGAAAUUAUAAACUUUUAAUGCGAAAAGACGAAUUAUAUUUACGGUUCGAGAAAACCGAAGAACGUACUGUACUCGAUAUUUAUUAAUAUGAAUACUUACUGCAAAUAGCCCUUAAAUAACCAUUAGUAUAAGAAGCCUUUUCUAAACCUGUAUAACGUAUAAAAAGAUGACGAACUAUUACGUAACUAAUUUAUAUCGUGGACCUGUGUAUUAUGUAAUAAGUAUUAAGUGUUAUAUAUUUGUACUUCAAAUAUGUACGAUGGUUAAAAAUGAAAUUCCUAAUAUGUAUUUCGAAAGAAAAUAAAGAUUAUAUGUUAUAUUGUAA